AUGAUGCCAGUGGAAAACAUUUCAUCAACUUUGGUUAUCGACAUCAUUGAAACUGCUAGAAGACUGCGAUCGCUAAACUUUCCAAAAUUGAGAAAUGCUAUAGAAGAAGAUGCAAUCAAAGCAGCAGAAAAGGACUCUGAAAACCUUGAGGAGCUACUCUCUUGGUUCAUCUGUUCUCACGGAUGCGGCAUGCCAACCUUACAUAUGGUUUGUUUGGCUUAUAUCGUUGGCAUGCAUCCUAACCAGUAUCUGCGUGAUUUUACGGAAGGCUCUAUGAUAAUUUCCGUGGCUAAAGCAUACCCGGAAUUGGCCGAGAAGCUCAACAGAAGGCAGGGCAUUUUGAGGCCCACACCGCAUCAACGCAUCAUGACUAGCAUACGUUGCGCGAGCAAAACUCGAACCGUAUCGCAGCUUGAAGUCACUUGA